CAAAUGGCGCUUUCCAAGACUCUGCAACUUUUCCUCCUCCUUUGCAGCUUCAUCGCACUCUCAUCUCAACAGUGCAUGACCGACGAAGACUGCAGCCUGAACGGCAUCUGUUCGCGUCGCUGUGGGAAGUGCGUCUGCGACCCCGGCUGGAAGGGUGUUGACUGUGGCGUCUUGGACACCGGUCCCGCAAAACUAUUCGGCGGGUACAAUCGCACAGGGGAAGGAAUCUCGUCGUGGUGCAACCAGAUCGUCCAUGACCCCCAUGACCCAUCGCUCUACCACCUUUUCCUCUCCGAAUUUGCAGACCACUGUGGCCUAGAUUACUGGUCACCGUACAGCCGUAUCAUCCGCGCCGAGUCGAGAUCUGGUCCCGAGGGUCCAUACACAUUCGCCGCUGAAGUCGUUGGCUCGUUCGCCCAUAACCCGACUCUCGUUUAUAGUAAGGCAGACAACCUGUACCUGCUCUACUACAUCGGCUGCCCUCAGACUCCAGCGGAUGUCUGCACCGGACACAAAUUCUCCUGUGGCCCGGGCAACUCAAACAACGGCGAAUCCGGCAUCUCCGUCCAGUCAAGCCCGGACCUGCGCACUUGGACUUUUCACGGACAGGUCUUCCAAGGCACAAACAGCAGCGAUUGGGAUGCCGAUGUGACGAACCCUUCGCCACUGGCCCUCCACGGACCACACGACAAGGACUCGACGAUGCUGCUCGCCUACCGCGGCUGUCCGUACAACUGCGAGCAUGGAGAGCAGAUCAACCUGGCACUUUCUCCGACCGGGUUCGAGGGCCCGUACACGCGGGUCCAGGCGGAUCCUAUUUUCAGCGCGGUGAAUGAGGACCCUUUCAUCUGGCUCGACAAGCGAGGCAACUACCAUUUAUUGCUGCACUCCCUCGAACCAGAGGGUGGGUUCGGGAAAGGCCCUAAAGUUGGACGGCAUGCGUUUGCGACGCACUUCAUGGGACCUUGGACUUUCAACAAUAAUACGUUGGCGUUCAGCACCGAGGUCAAGUACGACGAUGGGACUGUUAUUAACUUCUACCGGAGAGAGAGACCAGUCUUGUAUUUCUCUGACGAUGGGGAAAUGCGGCCUCUUUUCCUGAGCACCGGUGUCCAGGAAGUUGGAAGCCCGAUGAGUUAUAGCGUCAUAGUCCCAGUAGGCAACUAAUAUGGAACGAUAUUCAGAGUGAUCGAAAAUGCAUUUCACUAAACUUCGUAUGUCGAAUCUUUGCAAAUAAUCAUGGCAACGAUGUCCCUCGACUUGCUUGAACCAGCGACUAGCCUGAGUCAGAACCCGCGGAACAUCUGGUGCUGACGAACAUGGAUAGCUUCUCCUGGG